AUUAUUUAAUAUUGAGAUAAAAGCUGCUGCAUUGGACCUUUAAGCUUCAGAUUAUGUAAUUUCCUCUUGAACGCACAAGUACUGUAUCACGUCCUGAUUCCUCCACCCUUGCUCUCUCUCUAUCAUCUCUCUCUUUCUUUCUCUCUCUCUCUCUCUCUCUGUGUCUCUUUCUCUCUCACUACUGUCUGUGGAUGUAGUUUACCAGCUUCUCUGUGUCACCAUGGUGACGGUGCCAGGUGUACCGACGACCCUUGUGUUAACAGGAUUGUGUAUCGCUCUUCUCAUCACAGGAUCAUCUGGGACCUUCUGUACCACCAGUGUGGCUUCCCUGGAUUUAGGAUGCCUCCUGCGGUGGGAUUGUCCUCAGGCCAACGCUAACACCACCACCUACACUGUCCAAACUAAGACUCAGGGAGAUCCAUGGCAGGACGUGGAGGGGUGUGUGCGGAUCUCCGCCCAGCACUGUGACGUGUCCCAGGCCUUCUCUGAUUUUGAACUCUACAACAUGAUCCGCCUGGGCCUCCACCAGGGCCCUGGGAGCCCAGUCUGGACAAAACCACGCAAGUUUGACCCAAGUGAUUUCACCUUCAACCGCCCCUCCGUCUCUGUGACUCUGUCUAGAGAGAGGCUGGUAGUGGAGGUGCACUUCCCCUGUUCUACCAACAGAGGGUGCUUUCCUCUGCAGAGCUGCUGUCCACUGUCAGAACUGAUUGACCCCUGGGUCACAGUGACCGUAUAUAACCAACAGAACCACUCUGACUACAAGAGGCGUACUGGUUGGGCCCAGGAGGUGGUGUACAGGGCUGAGUUCUCAGACCUGGUCUCAGGACAGGACUACUGUGCCUUGGCUAACUUCUCCUUUGGACCCCCCACCUUCCCCCUGGCCUCCUCUCCCCCCUCCCACCCACACUGUGUCCACCAGGCUGCCCCAGGACCAGGGUUGCAGCCAGUGUUGUUGGGGAUAGGAGUGUGUGCUGUGCUCUUCUCUGCUCUCCUUGCUCUGUACCGGCUGAAACAGAAACGAGAUGCACCUCGCAUUAACAGACUCCCCAAGACUCUAGCAUCUCUCCAGGCAUCCCUCCAGGACCCCCCAGAGUCCUCUUCAGACCCGGUUGACCCCAGUGACAUCCAUGUGGAGGUUGUGGACGACCACCUCUCCAUCAUGUCUUCCUUGUCCGGCUGUGUCUUCACCAACGCCCAGGCCCCAAGCUUGGGGGACGGAUACAGCAACAAACCCUUCCCCGGUGACUACAGGUCGGGCAACAUGGACUGGCACACUUGGGGAGACACUAAGCUGGGCCUGAACUCUGGCAGCACCCUAUCCCUGCCAUGCUCCACUGUGCCUAUAGGGCUACAUAUGACCCAGUGCAACUUCGAUUCACCACUACGACCACAUCCAGAGCCCACGGUGCCAACACUACCCUACCUUGAUUCUCUUUCUCUGUCAGAGGCUGGGGAGGGCCAGGGGGUCCCGCUGUGCUCAGUGAGGUUUGGGGGUGCGAGUGAAGGGGGUGAGAACCUGGAGGGACUACAGUGGUGUAACCGGUAGCAUGUUGAACUGCAGUACCCAUAAUGCUCUGUACAACAUAUUCUGAUGAACUCCACAGUGCAGUUGAGUCCAAGGUUUUGGCAAACAGGGCAUCGAUUUUGGAGGAGAUGAGAUGGGACAGAACUGGACCCAAUGAAGAGUAAUAGUGGUCCUAUGUAGCUCAGUUGUUAAAAAGCAAUGACACUAUCAAACGGCAGGGUUGUGGAUUAGAUUCUCGCCAGAAUCACAUACUAAAAAUGUAUGCACUCACUGUAGUGUAGGUCGCUAUGGAUACAAGUUGAACGUCUGCUGAGUGGCAUUGGUAACCUGGUUCUGCCGUAUAUAGCAGUC